AUGCAAAUCCAAAAGAAAACCAAGUCUUCCUCCAGAUCGUCUUCCAAGACAAAGUCAAACACAAAUCCUAAUCAGCCUAUCAAGAUUCCUCGCCCGAUGAACUGCUUCUUGGCUUACCGUCUUGCAAAACAAAGUGAGAUCGUCGCUCGUUGUCCCGGUGCAAACCAUCGGGACAUUUCCAAGAUCAUUGCUAAAUGGUGGAAAGAAGCAACCGAAGAAGAGAAGGCACCCUUUAGAGAACAAGCCGUCCAAGCCAAGGUUGAACACGCCAAAAUGUAUCCAAACUACAAGUACACUCCCCAAAAGAGACCCAACCGGGUGACACGUAAAUACACUAUGCGCCCCAAGGAUCAGUUCACUUCCAAGAUCGCCAAAAACAACCGGAUCAUGGAACGUCUCUUUGAAGACCGCACCAACCUUGAAAAUUUCGAUACAACUGUGGACAAUAUCCCUCUAGAAGAAAUUAGAGAUGUAAAACAGGGAAACAGAGGCUAUAAUCCCGUCUUCAUUGUACAGCAAGUCUCUCCACCUGUUGUAUAUUCUAACACAUCUCUUUGGCAAUCUUCUCAAUUAUCGCAUAACUAUAACGCACCCUGUAAUUCCUCGUGCUCUCCUCGAUUUUACGGCAUGCCUUAUUCGCCGUAUUCUGACGGAAUAUCGUCAAUUGUGCUCUCUGACUCCACCACAAGCUAUGUUUCUUCGGUAUCUACACCCCAGGCUCAUGAAUCGACAGGAUAUUAUUCGCCUUCAAUGGAUUACUUUUCCGAAGGCUCUGUAAUCAAUAGCCAUGUAAACUAUACACCUAGUCAGACAUGUAUUGAUCCCCGUCUUCUAUGCAGCUCUGUACUCAGAUCCGAACGUUCCGGAUAUAACGCCCAAUCUACCCUCUCACAUUGGUAA